UAUUAUAUUUCCAUGCUCAGUCUAUGUGUGGUCACAUGACUUAAAGAUGGUGGAUGGCAUAAUGAAGAAAUGGAAAAAAAUAUUGUACGAGGACCAAGGGUUCCCAGACCAUUAUGUUGAUGAUACUUUCCUAGAUGAACUGAAGAAGAAUUUACAUACACGGAAUUAUGAAUAUUGGAAAGUUGUUAAAGAAUCUGGUGUGGUAACCCAACAGCUCUGUAGUGUAUGCAUUUUUGUGAUGGUGUUUAUUUUUAUGGAUGUGAAAGUGUUGGCAGCAGAGACACUGGUGUAUAUAUCUGGUGGAUUAACUUUCAUUGGUUACCUGGCUAAUUGCUUGUUACAACGAGAUGUAAGGUCAAUCAGAACUUUUUUGGCUGACCUGAAAACUGUGAUGAUUUUUGCCGGGUUUAGUUAUUGUUUAUCUCCUGUGCUGGUGUCACUGACAGAAACCAUAGCAACAGAUACAAUAUACGCCAUGACAACAGUAAUGUUGCUAGGCAACCUUUGUUUCCAUGACUACGGUGCAGAUGCUGAAAUGGUAUCUGGUGUGUUGUCCCUGAAUGCAGGUCUGUUCGCAUCAGUUUGUUUAGCGUCCCGUCUCCAUACAAGUCACCAUUCCUUUGCUACCGUCACGUUUGCUGUGGAACUGUUUGCCCUCUGGCCAGCUUUGAGGAGAAAUUUAAGGCAAGCUAUCCCAGCAUCCCAUGUUGCCAUGACAGCAAUUCUCUCCCUACUGACCCUGGUGACCUUGACCUAUAUCUCAAUGCCAGCAGCUUUCUUGUUGUUGAUAACAUUAGUUUUUAUCACAUUUGUUUGUCCAUGGUGGCUUAUUACCCUUCAACCAUAUAAAAACAACAUUCAUGGACCAUGGGAUGAGGCAGUUAUAAAAGAGUGAAAGUAUGAUUGGAUAAAAACUGUAACUAAUUUCUUUAGACGAUAAUUAUGUCAACCAAGAAUAGAAGUGCAUUGCUGAGCCAGUGAACAAAAUGUUGGCCUGUGUGGAAGAUGUUGGGCUGCGUGGGAAAUGUUGGGCUGCAUGGGAGAUGUUGGGCUGUGUUGGAAGAUGUUGGGCUGUGUUGGAGUUGUUGGGAGAGGGACUGGGUGUAUUCAUUAUGUUGAGGAAAGAUCAUCCAUGGAAUCUAGUAGAAAAAGGAUUGAUUAAAGAAACCAUGUUGCAAACUUGGUUUAAAAGACAAGUACAACUUUCCAGAAUAGUGUAACUCAGAAUAAGUUGUCCAUGGAGAUUGCAAGAAACAUUAUUUAAAAUGAUUAAGAGACAAUAGAAAUUGUAAUUAUAAAAAGUGCAGCAGUCUUGUUGGUCAUGUGGAUUAUUGAUUAUUUUUUGUAGUAAUAUAAAAUGUAACACAAGUAUGGCAAAAAUGUUAAGUCUUUUUGAUUUUGACUUGUUCACUGGCCAUUUACACUUGAAUUGGCAUAAUGUCACAAAAUUUUCUAAAUACUACUUGAUUCAGAAAUAUAUCAGUGAAUAUAAAACUAAAUUGUUUAGAAAAGUAGAGAAACAGUAGUCAGUAGAUAGCUUGACAACUUGAAUAACAAAUUUAAUUUUUGUUUAUAUCUGGUCACAUGUUAUGUUAAUGAUAGUUUAGCCAAAUUGUAUGUAGUAAUAAAGUUAUGAAGAAGUCUUUAUUUUAAUGGGAAAAAAAUACAUCUGAACCUUCAAACAAAUUUGCAUUCCUCAUUUACUGCCCAUCUUAUGUUUUUGUUUUGCUACGACCCAUUUCUCAAAAACAAUCAACAGUAUUUCUUUUUAAAUAUAAGUACUUUUUCAAUAUCAAAAUCUGAAUGAAUUUUAGAAAGGGCAGAUAACCAUGUGAAA